AUGACCAGAUCUUCACUUCAGUUUCAGGCAGACAAGUCUGUAACAGUUUCAACACUUCGGGCUGCACCAGACAACGAUGCCGCUUCCUCCACACCCUGCAGAAUAAAACACGAAGAACCAGAAACCUGGAGAAUAAAACACGAGGAACCAGAACCCCGGAUAAUAAAACACGAGCAACAAGGAGAGUUGAUUAAAAAAAACAAGGAGAAUGAAGAAUCAAGUGAAGUUGAGGAGACAAAUCAUGUCAAACCUGGAGAAAAAACUUUGAGUUGCUCUCACACCAAACAGAAAGAUUUAAAGAAAAGAAAAGCCAAGAAAUCUUUCACUUGUCCUCAGUGUGGAAAGAGUUUCACACGCAAAUAUGGUCUUGAUGUUCAUAUGAGAGUUCAUACUGGAGAGAAACCAUUCACUUGUGAUCAGUGCGGGAAGAGUUUCACACAAGCAGCACACCUUUAUGAUCACAAGAACAUACACACUAGAGAGAAGCUGUAUGCUUGUGAUCAGUGCGGUAAAACAUUUUUAUGGGCUUCAGCCCUGAAGCAGCACUUGACAGUUCAUACAAAGGAGAAGCCACAUUUGUGUCAUUUGUGUGGAAAGAGUUUUUCAUGUCUACCAAAUUUGAAAGUACAUCAGAAAAUACAUAUUGUUGUGAGAGAGUACAUGUGCUGUGAGUGUGAAAAGACUUUUACUUCAGCAAACUGUUUAAAACGGCACCAGAGGAUUCACACUGGAGAAAAACCUUACAAGUGUUCCCACUGUGACAAGAGAUUCAAUCAUUCAACACAUCUGAAAACACAUGAGAGGAUCCACACUGGAGAGAAACCUUACAAGUGUUCACACUGUGACAAGAGAUUCAGUCAGUCAGCAAAUCUCAAAACUCAUGGGAGGAUCCACACUGGAGAGAAACCUUACAAGUGUUCACACUGUGACAAGAGAUUCAGUAAUUCAGGAAUCCUGAAAACACACGAGAGGAUCCACACUGGAGAGAAACCAUAUCACUGCACUGAAUGUGGGAAGUGUUUCAAUAAUUCAUCUAAUCUACACAGUCAU